GUUGAUAAAAGGGGCCCCCCACGCGGGGGGUGGGGGAGGGAGCUAACCGGGACCAGGAGCCUCCGGUAGCGGGAUGGCGGAAGCUGGGGCGGGCAGCGCUCCGCGUCGGAGGCGGAUUCUGUGCAGAAACUUUGUCUGUGGCGUUUGCAAAUGGGGACAUAGCUGCUAUUAUUCACAUGACCUUUCUAUGCUGAAGUCGUCCCAGAUCUGCAAACACUAUUUGAAUGGAUUUUGCUUCUAUGGAAACAGUUGCAGAUACCUGCACAUCCGACCUGCUGCAGGAUGGUUAUCUGGAAACAGACGUGGUUCUGAACCUGCUCUUCAGCCGAGGGCUGGAGAAUCAUCCCAGAGAUACCAUGAUAUGGAAUCUAGUGAUCCUACUGGCAGAAACUGCUCUAGAAAUAGACGUAGCUCUGCUCCUGCUAUUCACAGAACUCCAGGAAGAAUUUUCCAACAUUCCCAUACUGUUGAACCUCCCAACCACUCAACUACACCAAAAAGUACUUGGAGUCGACGUGGCUCUGAACCUGCUGUCUCCAAUUUCACAAACUUGGGUAGGAAUACUAGAUGCUCUGGCACUCACUUGGAUGAGGAUGUCGAUGAAGUGAAGGAGAAUGAAACACCUGAAGGCUUGGACAGAUGGGCAUUUGCUGCAGAAUUUAUACCUCAACAAUUUAAAAAACAUGGUUGUGCAUCAACAUCACAGGCAGGUCAUCUCCAUUGUAUGCCUGCUUCUGUAAAGAGUGUAUCUCAAACUGCCCUGAAACCAGAUUCUUCAACUUCACAAUCUGUUCCACAGAGAAAGUUGACUAAAGAUUCAGCCUUUGAAGACAGUAAAGAUAUAAUUUGUGGAAUUUGCAUGGAAAAAGUCUAUGAAAAAGCACCAGCCAGAGACCGUUGCUUUGCUAUUCUUCCUGAUUGCAACCAUGCUUUCUGUGUGAGCUGUAUCAAGAAAUGGCGAGGGAGCAAGGGGUUCACCAAUAAUGUAAUAAAAGCAUGUCCUGAAUGUAGAGUAGUGGCCAGUUACUUCAUACCAUACAAGUACUGGGUGAUUGAUGAACAAAAACAAAAACUUAUUGAAAAAUUCAAAGUUGAAAAGCGGAAAAUACACUGCAAGUUUUUUCUACGAAAUAAUGGCAAAUGUCCUUUUAAAUCUGAAUGCAUUUACUUGCAUGAGUUUCCUGAGGGAUAUCGACCUGCCCAGCAUCGACAAAGGAGACGAAGGGAUAGUUCUCCAUUAGGAAUUAUGUGGGAAGAUGAUUGCGACGAUGAUGACUAUGACCAUGCCCUUCACCUCCUUGGUGUACUUUCCCUCGAUUCAUUUUUAGAGGAUUUGGCACACUUUCAGUAUGAACUCUUUGAUUCAGAUCUAUCUGAUUUUCUUCAGGAUGAUUCUGAUUCUGAUGACGACGAUGAUUUUGCCAUUUAGUCUGUAUUGGAGUAGUGUUCAUGCAAACAGCAGGUGGAAUAUUGAUAGUAAUUGUUUAUCCUAUAUUUUGGCAGUGCUGUUGCAGAUAGUAGGCUUAAACCAUUUAAUUAGGCAUUUGCAACUAAAGUUUGUUUAUGCUGUUCUACAAUGCAAGUUCUGAAUUUAUCUUGCACUCAUCACUUACUUUAUUAAAUAAGCUACUUUACUUGCCUGUACCUGUAAGCCUUUUUAGAUAAAGAUGUGCAUUUUGCAAAGAAAAUGCAUGACACAUGCAGUACACCUAAAAUGAUUUGAACAAUUCAUUGUGGCAGUUUUGAUGUUGGAUUUCAGAAAUUGUGCUGAUUUCCAUUAUCACUGAUUUAACAUUCACUUGUUCACUUGAAUUGGCUUUUAUGGAAUGUUACUGAUAUUUGAUUACAAGUAAACUGUACUGAAGUGAUGCUGAGUUAUUAAAGUUGAAUAAUGUAGGUUCAGUAGAGCUGAAAUAGAAUGUUUUGCUUCCUUCCCACUAAUUAGGGUGAAUGCAUAUUUAACAUGGGGAUCAGUGAUUGUUUGACACUAUGUAACUUGAUCAAUUACUUAAUCAGUGGGAUGUUUUUAAAAUGUCUGUCCUAUGUCCAAAUAAAAAUGUUUUGUAAAUUGUU